AUGACCAAAGAUGAGCUUCUAAGGCGGCUUCAGGACCACGCUGCGAGCAAAGGUGGGUCAUGCCUGGACUUGCAGGAGCAUGCAGCUUCUCGUGGAGGCCGCUGCUUAGCCACUGAAUACUGCGGUGUGACGAGGAAGGUGCAGUGGGAGUGCAAGGAGGGCCACAGGUGGCUUGCAGCUCCGAACCAUGUGCUGAACAAGAACAGCUGGUGUCCUGUAUGCGCGCGGAGGGCUCCCAUCGGCUUGGAUCGGCUGAGGGAGCAUGCGGCGCAGCGAGGCGGGGAGUGCUUGGCGACUGAGUAUGUGAACAACCGCAGCAAGGUGCCGUGGAAGUGCGAGCAUGGACACGUCUGGCAGGCAACAGCCGACAACGUGAUGCGCCUGGGUCAGUGGUGUCCGCACUGCAGGAAGAUUGGGCUUCCGCGCGUCCAGGCCCACGCCGCAUCGCUGGGUGGGAGGUGCCUGUCGAAGUCGUAUAAGAACUGUUUUGCCAAGCUUCUCUGGGAGUGCCGGGAGGGGCACCGAUGGAAGGCGACGGCUGACAGCGUGAUGAACAGCAAGAGCUGGUGCCCAACUUGCGCAACCAGCAUUUGGAGGACAGAGACGGAGAUCCGUGACAUCCUGCAGACCAUCUUCUGCCCUUCCAAGUUCGAAUCCUGCUAUCCGCAGUUUCUGGCGGGCUUGCAGCUGGAUGGGUACUGCCCCCAGCUGUCGCUGGCAUUCGAGUACCAGGGUGAGCAGCACUAUGAUCCAGAAAACUAUUUCCACUUCGGCGACAUCUCCAGCUUUGAGGCGCAGCAGGAGCGAGAUAUUAGAAAGCGGGAGCUGUGCCAGGCAGCCGGAGUGCGGCUGCUGCUCGUUCCAUAUUUUGCAAAGGACAAGCGAACCUUCGUGGUGACCGCCCUGUUGCAGUGGUUCUCCAUUGAGGAGAUUGCUCCUAUGGUGCUGCCCAUGCACAGAACUUGUCGUGAAGCAAUAUGA